CGCCUACGCCUCAUUUCCUGGUAUAACUCAUCGAAACUUCCGAGUUCGAGAAUAAAACCUGUGUUGUUUCGCCCUUCUGUAUGGAAACAUGGCUCGCGAGUAUGAUCACCUGUUCAAACUCUUAAUCAUAGGAGACAGCGGUGUAGGAAAAAGCAGUCUGUUGCUACGCUUUUCUGAUAAUACCUUUUCAGGUACAUAUAUAACAACUAUAGGUGUGGACUUUAAGAUUAGAACUGUGGAUGUAAAUGGGGAGAAAGUCAAAUUACAGAUCUGGGAUACAGCCGGCCAGGAAAGAUUCCGCACAAUCACAUCAACAUACUACCGAGGGACCCAUGGUGUUAUAGUCGUAUAUGAUGUCUCUAGUGGAGAGUCAUUUGCUAAUGUGAAACGAUGGCUGCAUGAAAUCGACCAAAAUUGUGAUGUAGUAAACAGAAUUUUAGUGGGAAACAAAGAUGAUGACCCUGACAGGAAGGUUGUUCUGACCCAGGAUGCCCAGAGGUUCGCAGAACAGAUGGGGAUACAACUGUUUGAAACCAGUGCCAAGGAAAAUAUCAAUGUAGAGGAGAUGUUUAUUGGUAUUACAAAACUAGUUUUAGUAACCAAGAAAGAACAAAUGAAAAAAGCAGCUGAUCAACCACAGGAGGAUAGAAAGGGCAUUGUUCUGACACGGGGAGGAGGGGGCUCGAAGAAAAAGAAAUGCUGCUAGACCUAAAUAUUGUCUGUAUGUGAUAUAUAUUAUGAAAAGGAAGGAAACCAUUGUUAUCCAAUGUCCAGGAUAUAGAAUUACAAAAAAAAUUAGUUUUACAUGUCUUAAGAUUCACAUUGGAUUCAAGAAUUCUGUUGUCUGAAUACCAGACUGUGUAGCACUUCAAGAAAUCACUGAAAUUCUUCCUUGAAAGCUGUAUUCAGUUUAGAUAUUUCAUUAAAUGGUUUAAAACUUUAGCUGAUUGUGAGAAUGUUACUCCAUGAUAAUUCAAGAAAAAUAUGUCAGGGUGAUCAAAGUGCUUUAAAAUAUAAAACAAAAUUGAUGGUUAUUUCUGUACUGUCAUUAGUCAAUGUGCUGGUUUUGUAGGUCCUGGACAUGUCACGGUUUGAAUGUAAGGAACGGGAGAGUGCUGGGCAAGAGAGAUAACUGUUGUAUACUAUAUUUAAAAUGUUAAACAAGGGAAAUUAUUAAAAAAAAUAUUUGUAAAUAAAUAUACAGUAUACAUAAAAUGUAUAGUUCCAUAUAAACAUGUAAAAACUGUGAAAUUAGUUGUGCAGUGUUAUGAUACGAGAUGUUCGUGAUACAUGUAGAGAACUCAGUGUGGAGGUCUUACUUUUGUGUCCAGAUAUGCAUUAAAGUCGGUGUGAAUUUUUAUAAGUAAGACGUAUCGUAAGCUUUUAUGUAGAGCUAUGUGUCAUAUAUUUAUCAAUGAAAAAAAACAGAAUUGCUUUAUGAUAUGUUUUGAAUUAGUUUAAACAAACAAAACUGAGAUAAUAUUUGUUACAAUGCUUUAAAGAAAACAAAACUCUGUUGAAAGUGAGUGGUUUUACAAAUGUUAACCAGUGCUUCAAAAAAUUCAGCUGUAAUCUUCUGACAUUUAAAUUUAGGCUUCCAUCACGUUGACAUCAAGAAAGUUUUUGUCAAAUGAAAGUGAUCUUCUAUAUGAAAGGUAGCAUUAGAAGAUAUAUUGUAGAAACGUUUUUAUUCUAAAAUGUUUUUACAAAAUUAGAAAUCUGAAAUGAACCUUCAGUUGUGAUAUAAGUAAAUGUAGUUCUCCUGUGUGAAUGUAACAUAUUAGAAUAAUAAUAGAACCUAAAUAUGGAAGUUGAAAUCAAAAACAGGUGAUUUUCUCCAUAACUAGUUUAAAUUGUCAACAAUUUGCCCAUGGCUUAAAAGUAGUUCACUUAUAACUAGUUAAAGUGCAAGGAAGCUUAACUUCCUUACAAUCUGUAUGGUCAACGAAAAACUGUUUUAAAUGUACAUUGAAGAUGAUAUUGGUAUGACUCUUGUCUUCCUGAAUAUGUGUGUUAACCAUAGAUACAGUAGUGUGUUUCAUAUUUAUUUGUUUGGCAUUUUUUUGAUGUAUCAAUUUUUGUAGGAAAAAAAUUAACAGAAUAGAUAAUGUUGUUUUUAUAUUCAUUGUAUCAUUUCAUUUUUAUCAGAUUAUAUUUGGAAAUUAUAUCCUGAACAAACUGCUCCCGACAUGGAUAAGGUCCCAAUUCACUCGGCUCAUAGUUACUGUCAAAAAAUGUAUGUGUUACAAAGAACCUUUACAUAGUCCAUCUGGUUAUAGAUUCCAAGUUAUAGUUUCUGUCAUACGAUUUACAUGUUACAAAGAACCUUUACAUAGUCCAUCUGGUUAUAGAUCCCGCUAAUCCAGCAUCAUUGUUUUUUAUGUUGUUAAUGAUCUCAUAUUAAUCUUCCAUUUAAUAGAAUCAUCAGAGAUCAUAGGUAUACCAUAAUCAUGACAAGACCACUUCACAUGAUAUAUUGGAUCAGACCCUGCUUCAGCAGCUGAAUAUGCUGUAGCAUAGAAAUGCCUUUUUAGAGUUGUUUUUCCUUCACUGUUUUGCGUUGAUGUAGAUUAUGUUGCGUUUAUUUGCUGGAUGGGUUUAUACUCCCGUGAACAGCCGUGAACAGCCAGGGACGUUUUGAGGUGGGACUUAUUUCAGUAGCUAGUGGCCAAUGGCUACUUACUUAACAACACAUAGGAGGCCUGUUACAUUCUGUCAAGAACAUUUGGGAUAAAGUGUUGUGCCCAAUGACACGACUGCAACAGUCCAAGGUCACAAUCACAACAGCCCAGGAUGGUUAAUGAUCUCAGCUUCUUGAGAAACACAAAUCACCCCGAGUAAAUGUAAAGAUUGUUCUCUGUGAUUCUCUGUGAUAAAUUACUGUUUCCAUUAAGUACAUACUUCAUUAACAGCUGCUAAGAAGUAAAACUACCAAUAAUUGAUUAUUUCUCUUUUCACAGCUUACUUUAUACUAUAGUUUCUCAUAUCUCCAAAAUUUAUUUAUAAGUGAUUAUUUUAAAUUGUUUAAUUGCUACUUAAUAGAAUCUGUCCACUUUUUUAAAGAGAAAUACUCGCUUACUGUUGACUAUAGAAUGUAUAUAAUUGUAGUUUAAUUAUUUAACAUUGAUUGGCCAGGCUAUAAAUAAAAGUGGCGAUCAUGUAUGAUAUGUAUAUUUAUCUUACCGGUAUAUAGCUCUUACAUGUGUUCAGGUAUCAAAAUCAAACUUGAGAAAAGAAAUGAUUCCAGGUUCUACUCUCCAAUGAAAUUAACACGGAAACAUGAUGAAACUGAAAACAGUACAUAUACCUUUCAUAGAGAUGUAGGUACAUAAGGUAAUUACUAAUUAUUAGGUAACAGGUAAGAUAAACCUUGACAACCAUAAUUAGGUAACAGGUAAGAUAAACCUUGACAACCAAAUUCUAGAUGGAUACAAAGUUACCUGAGCCAGCCACACCUGGUUUAAACAGUUAUUAUUUUUGUCAAGCAUUUAAGCUAAUUGUUAUCAAGUAGUAAUCAUUUCACACAAUCAUCACAGUAAUUUAUUGACUGAAUAGUUUUUAGAAAAUAAUGAUGACAUUUUUUGUCUUUUCUUAUAAUUCUUGUGAAAAUAAAAAAAAGUUUGAUAAUUUUAUUGAUUUCUCAAAUCAACAAGGUUAUGUUUCUUGGUUGAUAGUCGUCCCAUACAGUUGAUAGGGGAAUUAACAGCAUCAAGUACCAGGUACAUAUCUUUGUCUUACAAGUAUUAUCUAGUGAUCUCUACAUCUAUCCAUAUUGAGGUCUACUUUAACAAAAUGUCACUUUCUUAUAUUUUGUCUGGAAUUAAUGAGAAUAUUUGAAUUUUUGAUAAAGAUAUUUGUCGUUGAGACGACCAGCAUAUUGAUAGGCUGUAAAUCAUAUGUAGUGGAAAGCUAGGUGUAGCUGGCUGUAUGCUGUGUGUUGAAAAGCUGUCAAACUUUUCAUCACACAAAGCUUAAACUGCUUCGUCAUGUAAAUCGGAAUAUAAAAUUUGUUUUCAUUGUAAAUAAUUUGAUAGUGUGAAGAAUUGUUUUCAUUGAUUUUCUUUCAUUUUAAAUGAAACUGAAUGUUAAAAUAUUUUUAAGAUGUAUAUAUAUGUAUUUUUGUAUCAGACAUUUUUAAUCUAACUCAGUUAAGCAUUCCUCCAUUAAUGAUAUACUGUAUACCUGUGUCCAUUUGUCCAACCAACUAUAUAUUUAUGUUUACUGUGAUUUGUCUCAACACAAGUUCAAUUUGAUUAACAACUUCUUUGUUUUUGUGCGAGAUUCUUUUUUAAUUUGAAAAAAAGUUGUUUUUUUCACUUCAGUUGAAUUUGUAUAAUAGUAGAGAAAUCUUCAUCUAAACUAAUUCAGUUGUAGAUCCCAAGAAAUAAAACUAAAUUUCAUUUUGAAUAAACAUGUACGGAUUGCAUGGUAAUGGGCGAUUACUCUAAUUAUAGACUCCUACACGUGUGAUAGUUAUUGGUUUCUGGUCCAUCGUAUUGCGGUACAGAACAAAUUAUAAACCAGAUAGUGACAUCAAGGCCUCUCACUUUAAAAUGUAACAGAAACGCACAUUUAACCUCAGUAUUUGGGUAGUCACCCUGUGUAUGGACAAAUAAACAACAUUCUAGUCCAAGGUUUGUCAGAUAAAACAAGCAGGGAUAUCAUCAUAAAAGAUCAAAACUAUUUUUUGCUUAAAACUGUUGUAUUUAUCUUAAAUUCUGUACCUUACCUUGUGUAAAUAUUGAAUUACGAGUGCUAUAUAUACUGAAAGCUUGUUGAGUGUCGGUUUAGAUUUCUGUAAAAAAACUAAUAUGUCCUUUGUUGAUAAAUCAUAUGUAUAUACAAUGUAGAAAAAAAACCUGUCUAAAGUGACCAACCCAGUAUCAACAAUUUUGUUUGCGAAUAACACAUUUUUGAUAUCUAUACAUACACAACAUGAAAUACCAGGACAAUUUAGUCUUUAAAAUCAAGGCAUCCAUGUUAUAGUUAUUGCAAAACAAUUUUUGUCUUUGAAAAUCAAGAUAUCUUUUCCUUUUAUCAUUUCAUCAUCGGCUAGGAUCUACUAUGUUACCAAUAUACAUGAUCUAGUGUGUCAAUAACUCUGUACUGUUUUUAAUGAAAUACAAGUACUAGUAUAAUUGUAUGUGUAGAAGAUAACAUAUCAUAUCCCCAAUUAAUAAAUCAUUUCAUGGUGUUUUUUUCUCUUGAUCACUAAAGUGGUCGAUACCCUGGUUGUAUGAAACACACUGGGAGAUCUAGAGUGGUUCCUUCAGACAAGUGGUCACUUUCGCUAGGGGUCAAUUCAAACAGUCAUGUGUAUGAAGGACUCGUAGUCAUUGCUAUAGUUGGUCAUAAGUUCAGUACAAACUUGUCUUGUAGGAGUCUUGUUGACUGGUGUCCAUAUGUGUUAGACCAGUGGUCACUAAUAGUUAAGUGGUCACUCUAGGGACUGCAUGCUCCAAUGCGUUGGACCAGUGGUCACUAUAUAGUUAGUGGUCACUCUAUAGGGACUGCUCAUGUGUCAACAUCAUACAGGUGUACAUAUGGGUUAGACUAGUGGUCACUAAUAGUUAAGUGGUCACUCUAGGGACUGCUCGAAUGCGUUAGACCAGUGGUCACUCUAUAGUUAAGUGGUCACUCUAGGGACUGCUCGAAUGCGUUAGACCAGUGGUCACUAAUAGUUAAGUGGUCACUCUAGGGACUGCUCGAAUGCGUUAGACCAGUGGUCACUCUAUAGUUAAGUGGUCACUCUAGGGACUGCUGCAAUGCGUUAGACCAGUGGUCACUCUAUAGUUAAGUGGUCACUCUAGGGACUGCUGCGGUCAGUACUGUAGAGUAUGUGUUAUGUGUCUGUGUGGCUAUGUAAAUCGACUACAGUGUAUAAGCGAUAACCCUCCUAACUGUAUCAUUAUCAGGAGAUACAAUGAGCAAUAAAUGACACAUUUGGUAGAGAAAA